AUGACUGGAUUUCAUCACUUGCCUGACGAAGAACUUGAUGAAAAAGUCAAAGAAUUUAUUUUAAAUCAUGGCUGCACAACUGGACAGUGUUAUGUCGAAGGUUACCUGAAGUCAGUUGGCUUAAGAAUUCAAAGAAAAAGAAUAAGAGAAAGUAUGGCAAGAGUUGACCCACCCAACACUGCAUUACGUUGGGGUAUUGUUAUUUCUCGCAGGCAAUAUCAAGUUCCUUGGCCAAAUUCCCUAUGGCACCUGGAUGGCCAUCAUUUUUUGAUUAGAUGGAAGAUGGUUAUUCACGGUUGCAUAGAUGGUUAUUCCAGACGAAUAAUGUUUUUAAGAUGUAGUGCAAACAAUCUUGCAGAAACUGUUCUUGAACUGUUUUUGGAUGCCGUAAAAAUGGAUGGGAACUUAUGGCCCUCACACGCAUCAGGGUUGACAAGAGUGUUGAAAAUGUGCUAG